CGUGACGAACACAAUUAUGUUGUUGUGGAGAGUCGCCAUUUUGAAUGUAAACUUAAAGUGAUUAUCGAAAAAAUGGCAUCCAUAGUAAUGCCGACUGAGCUUUAAAUGACUGCCGCGGGUCAUGAAUCAUUGAAUUAAUCCAGAGAGGAAGCUUUUCGCAUCCAUGUAGUUAUUGUAGCGUAGAAUAUUGCGUAUGUUGGUUUAAUGGCGAGUAAAGUCCAAGUUCCCAAGUUUUCUUUGCAUCAUGAUUUCAAUGAUGGAUUUGAUUUUGAUGGUCAUGUCGUAGAUCCAACCUUUUCUAGGUGGAAUAUGGAAGAGGACGACGUGGCAGGUCAGUUGAAAGAUGACAGUUUUAAAAAACGAGUUGAAGUACUCGAGCAACUCAUCAUAACAGUUAAACGCAAUGGCGGGCGCCUGCCGUAUGCCGAUGGGGAGUCAAUCUUUCGAAGCUUGGCUCUGGCUUUAUCAGAUUCCAAUUGGGAAAUCAGAACUAAAUGCAUACAGCUACUUUUGGAAAUUAUACCUAAUCUUGGUGAUGACAUUGACUCUUAUAUGUCAUUAGUUUUGAAUAAAAUGCUAGCUAGUAUUGGAGAUAGCAAAGUAACAGUUCGCAGAAUGGUUAUUCAAGCUUUGCAUGCUUACAUGAAGUAUACUCACAAUCUCCCUGCAAUUUUUGAAGCCCUGGUUAACACUGGAUUAGAAAAUGAAAAUCUUUCUGUCCGAAGAGAAAUGGUCAAUUCCUUGCCAGUGAUAUUAACUCAAGAAUUCAUAACACACGAUAUGUCAAAGAUAAUUAAUUCACUUGCCAAAAAGUUGUUAGACACCUCAACAGAAGGUAAUCUGAGAGACAGUUCUUUAUUAACUUUAAACAAAAUUGAAUCCAUGGUUGGCGAAAGAAGUUUUUCUGAUUAUUUUAGCAAGCUGACUGUGCCAUUGCAGAAGUAUUACUUACAGCUGUCAGGCAAGCGGGAUGAUGGAUAUUACAAUGAAACGGACAAUGACUAUUAUCAAAGAGGAAAUAACAACAUGCAUCAAGGGAUAACAAAUGACAGUCGGAGAGGUUACAUAGAAGAUACAUUGGAAUUUGGUUUAAUACCUAGUCAUAUUCUAAGCAGAAUAAAUGACCAGAAAGACUUUCGAACAAGAGCUCAAGCCGUCGAAGAGUUGAAAAGCAUUAUCAUAAGCAAAAGCAAUGAAAUUUCAACCAGCCUUUUGCCCCACAUGAAUUUAUUUAUUAGUUUUCUUAGCAACCUCUUGGAUGAUGCAAAUUUCAAAAUUAUUAAUGUUACCCUAGAAAUAAUUUUAAACUUAGUGGAGAAAUUGGAUAAAACAGCAAAAAAUUUCCUGAAACAGCUGACCUCUGCACUUUUGAAACGUAUGGGAGAUAAUAAAAUUGUGAUCAGACAACUAGUUAUGAGCAUUAUAAUAAAACUUAUGAGAGCAACAUCACCACAGGCUGUCAUUGAUGUCAUAGAGGACAACCUGCAACAUAGAAAUUCUCGUGUGAGACAGGAAACAAUCAAUUUCAUUAUUGCCGCCCUAUUAACAUUCCCCAGCUAUGAAUUUGAUUUACCAGCUAUAUGUCAGGCUGUCGGGCCAACUCUUACUGAUGUAAAAAGAGCUGUACGCCAGGCUGCCUUAGAAUGUUUUGCAACUCUUGCUCAAGGAAUGGGAUCCGGGCAGCUCCAGCCAUUAGUGUCUGCAGUGGAUCAAGUAGAACUGAGUACAGAUGGUGAGGGCCUAAUGGCCGCUGUACAAGCCAGACUUGCUAGAAAGCAGCUUCCUAAACUGACAUCUGAUGGACUUGUUGAAUAUGCAACACAGACUCCAUCGUCUGCAACUGUUCGGUCUUCAAGCGCUCAACAGAGUGCAGACACUGAGUGGAUAAUGGCAGUGGCCAGCACGGCCAGAUCUGCAAGAUCAGAUUCAAUCGAAUUGGAAUCUGUGAGUAUGUCUGCUAGGUCAACACCGGUUGUCACAGAAGUGUCUGCACCUACUCCUGCUCCAAGAAGGUUUAUGAGUGCAGGAAGGGGGAGAAACAAACUUCCCUGGGAAGAAGACCGAGAUGAAAGGGGUGGCUUCUACAACACACUUCCAAACUCUGCACCUAUUCAGGUAAAUAUACUGAAAACAUUUCAACUUUUGAAAAAAUUUUGACUGACUGUAAAUGUCAAGGAAAUAAUUGUUAAAUUUUAUGAUUUUACCAGAGCCAUUUUAUGGGCCCUGCAAACCUUGUGCCUCUAUUUAAAGUGACCAAAGUUGGGAAUUGGAGGAAAAUUUUAACGAUCAACUUUGAAUGCAGUGGGCACAAAACCAAAAAGAGGCACAGGGUCUCCAUAAUCAUGCAGACUGCUCUGGAUUUCAAUGUUUAUCAUUUUAAAAAGGAAAUUGAGAGCUUUUCCCACAGUAUUUUUUUAUGUUUUCCUAUCAGUGGUAAUCAGAUGGGACAUCACUCUGAUUGGCUUAAGAUAUUUGUUACAAGGUUAAAUUAUGUAGUUAUCUUUUGAAACCACCAUAAAAUCACAUGAAACAAUCUAUGAAUUUUUCCAAUACCAGUAAUAAAAAUAUAGCCUCAAAUGCCGAGUUAAUGGAAUCAGAGUUUUAUAUUUUAAGCUGCGUUCUUAAAAGCUUCUCCUCAGACCCUCGACUCCAGCCCCCGCAAGAUUUUGAGAAUGUCAGAGUACAAUAAAAUGUUAAUGAAACUUUAAUUUGAUGUCUCUCAUUUAGUUUAGAUUACGCCCAAACCUUUUCUUUGCAGUCGGAACAUGAAACUAAAGCACCAAAGCUAAACAUUUUGUGCAAACGUUUUGCGAGCCUUCUAACAAAGUGAUGGUCCUGUUUAACCUUUUCAUUGUUUCCAAGUUAUAGCUGAAAGUUAUAGCAGUGUGCAGCAGUGAACAGUUUUCGCCAAAUCAUACAAAAUAUAUGUAUUACAAUAAAAGAAACAAUUUUUAAGAUCAAUCAAACUUUGUGAAGAAUACACUAAAAUAAUUUGAGCUUAAAAUAUACAUUUUAUAGUGUAUUAGUGUAAUGUUGGGGUAGGAAAGGGGGGCACAAUUAAAAUCAAUACGGAAAGGACUCCAUUGAGAUUUUAGUCUGAAACAUACCGCAUAUGGCAUUUGAAAUCUUCAAUUUCACAAAAUAUGCUCAUAUUGUGGAAAUCAAUAUGUACAGAAAUGAUGUCACAUUUUCACUGUCAACAUUUUUAAUCUGUUUUGAGAUGUGUUAGCUGACACACCAUCCACAUACACAAAAUUUGUUGCCACACCAUAAUUAUAAGCUACAGACAGAAUCCGCCCCAGACCACAAAGUAGAUUGAUUUUUGACAGAUGAAUUAAAAUAACCUCCACUGCCUGAAGAAUUAUGUUUUCAACAGGAAUGUUUUGAAUUACUUUUCUCUAAAAAAAUUGUAAAAUAGUGCUGUUAGAAAAUAAAAUAGUCCCUCUUAAAGUCAUUAUGGCUAUAUAGACAGAGGUGUGGCUACAAAUGACGGCAGGUUUUUGAGUUUGAAAAAUUACAUUUAAGAAAUUUUAAUCAGAAUGUUUGAUCCCUGUGUUUUUUCUAUAAUAUGCAGAUAUUUGUUCAGUGUAACCAAAACACUUUCCCAUUUAUUUUGAUAAAUAAAAUAAUGGUUAUCUUAACAUGAUUUGCUACUACUGUUCUAUAAUGACUUAAUUUUCAAGGUUCCAAGAGUUGUUAAGUCAGCCAGGACCGUGGUGAGUUGUCCAUUAGGGAGACAAUUUAAAGAAUAGUUUUAGAAGUUUCAAGACUUAGAUUUUUAAACAGUGCUGUUUUAGCUUUAAUCUAGUUGCUUAUUUUAUGAAAAACUAACAUUUUUUUUAAAUAGAAACAUUUUUAAAUUGAAAAACUAUAUUUUGAUUAUCAAUUUUCAUUAAGCCACAUUACUCAUUGUUUAUAUCUUAACGUUCAUAAAGUAUAAACCCGAGAAUAGCCUAGAUUUUAAAUUAUAAAUAAUUGAUUUGAUGAUGUACAAGCUUGCACUGCACUCCGAUCUUUAGGUCUUGUUACAUAUUGCCGAUUUGAUCAGUUUAAAGGUUAUCCUUUUCUGAAAGGCCAAACAUACAAAAGAAUAAAUGUUUUGGUUUGAUGAUAGGUUGUUCUUGGGUUGGCUUUAGCCAGGACAGUUUGCUACCAAAAAAUAGGACAAAAUACUAAAGAAAUUAGUCAGAGAUAUGUUAUUUACACAUCAUACAUUUCAUGAGCUGUAGAUAUUAGUCAGAGAUAUGAUAUUUACAUUUUUAACCAACAUAUAUCUCACGAGCUGUGCAUUAAAUUGAUGAGAGUACUUUACAAUCCACAUGGAUUGUGGAGCAGAAUCCAUUGCUCAAUUCUCAAUAAAUUCAAGCAUUUCUCUCUCUCAACUCCGCUUAAAUCUUUAUUUGUGCAGUCUUUCUCUUUAGAAUUAACAGUAUGUAGAUCUAUCCCAAAUUGCUCAUAAUUUUUUUUCUAUUUGACUCUAGCUUUUAUAAAGAUAUUUAAAAUAAUUAGUCUGACUCCCUUUAACUUGUUAGAAACAAUUAGAUCAAGACUUAGUGACCUUUGAAAGAACUAUUUUAGUAUGUCUUAUUGAGCUAUGGCGAUAAAUAUGAAAAUAAAUAUUAAAUAAAACAAGGGGGGAAAAAAUUAAGAGCAGCCAUUUCGCUAUCAACACUUGGUUUGUAAAGCAGAAGUAUGCAGCCAUUUCGCUAUCAACACUUGGUUUGUAAAGCAGAAGUAUGCAGCCAGUUUGCUAUCACUACUUGGUUUGUAAAGCAGAAGUAUGCAGCCAGUUUGCUAUCAACACUUGGUUUGUAAAGCAGAAGUAUGCAGACUAUGUCUAGAUCUAAUCCCUUGUCACAAACAUGAAUUGGUUUGUCCCCGUGGGUUUAAAAAUAACUAGCUUUGAGGUGAGGUAUUGUAUGAAUCUAGAUCACCCCCCUGUAUGUCAAUAUAUUGAUCCGUGCAUAGAAGAAAUCUAUGAGAUUUAGUGGCAGGGUAAAGGUUGAUGGAAACUGUGUAUUUUAAAAUCUUAUAAUCUAAAAAAUGUCAGUGGACCAGUGACAUAUGAAAAAAUAAUAGUUUUUUAAAUCCUUGUUGAUAAGAUCAAAGUCCUGGUUCGGUUACAUUUUAAAAAUUCUUAAUAUUAACUUUGGUUUUAUUCGUGGCUGGCUUGUUGACAAUACAUUCAGACAGCUAAUUGACCCACUUCCUUCCAACCUAUCGAGCUGAACCUUGGACAUUUUCCGAACUAGUGAAAUCAGUGGCAUCAUAUUUUCUUCACCCGCCCCUUGAAAAACAUGAAAAACUGAAUUUUGGGGUUGGAAAUUUGAAAGAAUACAUUGUCAAUGACAACGAGUCUACUUGCCAAGUUUCCGCUCGAUAAGUUGAUUGGAAGUGGAUCAUUUAGCUUCUGAUGAUUUUGCCACCCACCAAGAAAGAAAGAAAGAAACACACUAACAAAAGCAAAGUUAAUAAAAAGGAUUUAAAAAUGGUGCUACGUGUCAAUGUUCUUUUGUCCACAUGUGUUCCCUUAUCUUCCUGUUAACUCUUUUAUGAUAAGACAUGAUCAUGUAACAUAUCCAAAAUAUCCAAACAUCAAAAUCUUCCUUCAGACCUUUCCUGAAGAUGCUCCACCAAAACCCAGGCAGAUCUGGGUUGGGGAAGUAGACACACAGCAGAGACCUUCAGCGCCAGAAAGACAAUCUCCAAAACGCAGGACAACGGUUGUGAUGCUGGCCGCCCAAGAAGAACCAGACAAUGGUGAGAUUUAAAAAAAAAAUGUUUUAAAAAUUUAUUUCAUAUGUGUCAGGUGCUGUUAACAAGAGAAUUGUUGCCGUAUCUUAAUUCAAAUUUGCAGGCCAUCUUUUACUUUGAUUGCAGCAUCCGUCUAUGCUUCUUUUAAGGUUUUUGAAAUCGUGAUCAUUCAACUGUAAUUUCAUAUUGGGACAGCUGUCUCUGGAUCAAACCCAUGAACACAGCAUUGAUUUCCCAUGAACACAACAUUCAUUUCUCAUGAACACAACAUUCAUUUCUCAUGAUGAGUCUAGAACAACUUGUUGGUUUUUAGAUCUAGUUGUGAAGCUCAGGGCACAAGCAAUCACCCAGUGCCUGUGUGAUCAAGUGUCCCAGUGCCAAGGACUGGUUAGCAAACUCCCCAACAAUGUGAUGCAUUCUCUGUUUCUGUGAAGCAUCUCUUGUCAGACGCGUCAUGAAUGAGCUGAUUAUUUUUCUCAACAUUUUCUGGCCACCCAGAAACAAUUGUCAUCUGUAACCCCCCUCCCCCCCCCCCAAAUUGGCUUUGAAACAUGCCUGCUAUUCAAAAGUCCAUUCUUUACCUAAGGAAUGUUCAUCAACUGCAUGAGGGAGCUCUUGAAGGUUGUUAUCUGCAUAUUAGCAGAGAUCAAGGUAAAAGUUGAUGCAGGAAUGUUUUACAUGUUCUGCACACACCAUAACAUCACAUUGGUUGUUCCAUAAGGUUGCAAGUAGAUGUGUAGCAACUGGACACAUUGUUCCAUAAGGUUGCAAUUAGAUGUGUAGCAACUGAAGACAUGUGCAUGUAGCCGAAGCCCCUCUGGAUCCUGUCUCAGGCGGUUUUCAAGCAGUGUCCCUUAAAGUUAAAAUUGUAUCCGUAGAACUGUGGAGUUUGAACAAAUGAAGUCAAGGAAUGUAUCAUAAUUUGUAUGUUAAUGUACAGUUGAUUCAACCUGACUUGGUUCUAUCACCGUUUGAUAGUUUUAGAAUAGUGAUAAGGGGGAGAGACUGCAAUCAGAUUAGAAAAAUGGGAAAUGAGCCAAACGAAGUAUGGGGUACCCUGAAAAAAUGUACCCUCUUGGAUACUUCAUUACAGCUAAGUGUUAGUUUGAUUUAAUUCUGUUUUUUCUGUUGUUUGUUUGUUUGUUUGGCUAUUUGUUUGUUUGCCGCUCAAUUCGUUUGUUGAUUUGUUGCAUUCUUUUUUUUCCCCAGGUUUUUCCUUACUUUGUUUUGCUCAUUUCCAUUUCAUAUUUUAAAAAUUCAGAUACAGAAACUUUAAUUGUUAAAUUUUCAGUCCAUAUUUUCUUCACUUCAUGAACACAUCACUGUUGCACACAUCAAUACAAAGUUGGCUGACUUUUUCUUGGGUUUUACCCAAUUUGAAUAAUAGUUGAAAAAAAUUGAUAUAUUUGUUGCACCAAAUGUCAAUUUAAUUCCAAAUCUAUACGGUGUACAUGCGUUUGGUUUAAAGCCUAACAAAAGUUAGAUGUCAUUGGUUCUGGUCUGGAGGUUUUCAACAAAAGAUCAUUUCUUUAAUCUGGAAUUAUCCUAUGCCAACAAAUUUCAACGUUUACUUUGAAGAAAGACGCACCGCCAGUCUUUUGUUAUGCCUGGCUUAUCAAUGGCUCUUCAUGCCUUUCAGUUUCAAUGCCGUCUGGAGCACACCUUUUCACCGAUUCACUGAUUUUAAAAAAAAGAUAUUGAUUUUUAUUUAUGGUAACAAACAGAUCAAGCUAACAACCCCUUUUUUUAAUUUAAAACUGUUGGGGGAGGGGGGGAGGGGAGAAAGAUGUCAUUUUUUAAAUAGUUUUUUCAUCAAGUUUUUAAUUUGAACAAAUCAGCUGGAUUGAUAAUUUAAUGAAUUUAUUUCAACUUGACAUACGCCGUGUUGUCUUACAUGCCGGAAAAUACGGUAUUUGUGCUUGAUGUGAAAAAAGGAAUAUUGCUUUGAAUAUUUCUUUUACUGUUUGUAACGAUGAAGGCACUGUCCCGAAACACCUUUAAGUUUAAGUUUGUAUUUUUGGCUUCACAUCAUUCAAGCGUACUGAAGUUGGUUGAUGUCUUAAUAAACCACAUUAAAAAGAUUUGGCGCAGUCCAACCCUCUUACAAUCAGUUAAUUGGAUUGAACCCGAUGAGAUGAAAUACAAUGAGAUAAAGUACAAUGUGAUCGAGUACAAUGUCAUGGAGUACAAUGAGAUGAAGUACAAUGAGAUUAAUUAAAUUGAGGUGAAGUACUGUGAAGUAGACUGAGGUGGAGUACAAUGAGAUGAAGUACAAUGUGAUGGCGUACAAUGUGAUGGAGUACUAUGAGAUGGAGUACAAAGAGAUGGAGUACAAUAAGAUGGAGUAAAAUGAGGUGAAGUACAAUAAGAUGGAGUACAAUGAGAUGGAGUUCAAUGAGAUGGAGUACAAACAAUGAGAUGGAGUGCAAUCUUAUGGAAUAAAAUGAGAUAGAAUACAAUAAGAUGGAGUACAAUGAGAUGAAGUACAAUGAGAUGAAGUACAAUGGGGUGGAAUACAAUAAGGUGGAGUACAAUGUGAUGGAGUACAAUGAGGUGAGGUACAAUGUGAUAGAGGAUAAUGAGAUGAAUUACAAUGAGUUGAAGUACUGUGAAGUACUGUGAUGUGAAGUAGACUGAGGUGGAGUACAAUGAGAUGGAGUACAAUUUGAUGGCGUACACGUAAAAAUAUUAAAAACUAUAAGCAGCAACUAAAACAAAUUUUUCAAAAAAAGCAAGCACUGUUAUAUUUUUUACCUUCAUGUGUUUGUCCUGAUACAAAUAUUGUACAGUUGAAAUCAAAUGAGUGCAGCUCAUGUCUUGUUCUGACAUUCAAAGUGCCGACCUUUAGUCUGUAUGACAGCCACUGACAUUCAAAGUGCCGACCUUUAGUCUGUAUGACAGCCACUGACAUUCAAAGUGACAACCUUUAGUCUGUAAGACAGCCACUGACAUUCAAAGUUCAGAACUUUAGUCUGUAUGACAGCCACUGACAUUCAAAGUGACAACCUUUAGUCUGUAUGAUAGCCACUGACAUUCAAAGUGCCGACCUUUAGUUUGUAUAACAGCCACUGACAUUCAAAGUGCCGACCUUUAGUUUGUAUAACAGCCACUGACAUUCAAAGUGCCGAACUUUAGUCUGUAUGACAGCCCCAGACAUUUAGAGUGCCGAACUUUAGUCUGUAUGACAGCCACAGACAUUUAGAGUGCCAAAGUUAUGUCUGUAAGACAGCCACUGACAUUUAGAGUGCCAAACUUUAGUGUGUAUGACAGCCACUGACAUUUAGAGUGCCAAACUUUAGUGUGUAUGACAGCCACAGAUAGCACUAUUGACUUCCACUCUGCUGCACUCGAGUCGGGGCCAAGAAAUAAGCCAUUGAAAAAAUCCACCAUUGAUACUGAGAUAUUGACCAACUGCAGCUCUACAAUGACAUUAAACAACAUGAAGUUGUAAGGCAUUAUUCAUGACGGAACCACCUGCGGCUUGUCUUAUAGGGUUCCAAUUCUGUUUUUGUAAUGUGCUAUCUCAACAUUGGUUCACAGACUCAACAUUGGUUCACUGACUCAACAAUGGUUCACUGACUCAACAUUGGUUUACUGACUCAACAUUAGUUGACUGUCUCAACAAUGGUGCUCUGACUCAAGUAAGAGUCAAUCAAUCUGUGUCAACAUUGGUUGACUGACUCAACAUAGCUUCACAGACGCAAGGAAGAGUCGAGCAAUCAGUCUCAACAUUGGUUGACUGACUAAACAUAGGUUCACAGACUCCAGUAAGAGUCAAACGAUCUGUUUCAACAUUGGUUCAGACUCAAGUAAGAGUCGAAGCAUCAGUCCAUUCAAGCUUGAACACAUUCUAGCAAAUCUUAUUAUUCUAGAUUUGAAAGAAAUAAAAAGGGGGGCGGGGGAUUUUCAGUUGUCAUUAAAUAUAUUGAUUCCAUUACUUGUUUCUGAAGUGUUUAACAGACAUUUUUGAAUGCAGACAUCAGACACCUAGAAUAUAGGAAAGCUAUUCCAGGGUGAGCUUGAAGUAAAAACAUCAAGAAUGUCAUAAAGUGUCUUUGAUUGAUGCAGAAAGAAUGUCAUAAAGUGUCUUUGAUUGAUGCAGAAAGAAUGUCAUAAAGUGUCUUUAAUUGACACAGAAAGAAUGUCAUUAAGUGUCCUGCUUGACCUGUCUUUGCAGGCUCAUAUACCCAGAUGUAUCAGCAAAAGUUGAGACGCCAGCAAGCUCCUGCCGCCAGAGUGGUCAGACCUGAAG